UCCCAUAGACACGGCAUGACUAUCAGAAUUGAUGUUUACGCAUGCGUGCUCAAUACUCCGAGAUUAAUGCAGAUAUUGAUCGCCGGCCACUUAACUGCAUACCGGCCCUUGUAUACCAAUUAGAAUUUGCUUACAACAGAGAGGUUAUACGAAGUCAAGACGUCGGCAUUACCAAGGCGAUAUGUUCAUCAUGUGUUCAUUCACUCGGCAUUCGUGUUAGCAUUGGGUUUAAGCAGACGACAGUUGACAGAGCGGCAAACCGAAGACACCUAGCAGACGACAAAGGGGCGUAGAGUUGGCCAGAAGACGUUUAUGUAACAUGUGAGCAAACCUAGAACAAUUAAUUGAACAAAUGGCAAAAAAUUACAAGAUUUCCGUGUCAUUGAGGAAACAGGAAAAUGACGAACCGGUUUAUCAUAAACAAGACGGAGAGAGGUUUUCUAAAUCUCAGACGGUUAAAUUGAAUGUAAACACCGACUAUUGGAUAAAGCUAACGAUCAGACCUUCAAUGAUUCUUCGAGGUCUAGUGUUACACGGAGAGAGAACGGAAUUUGUCCCGGAUACACCCACAACGUCAGCUGACGAGGAUGCAGUGUACUAUAAGGCACAAUUUAGCACGGUUAACUACGACUCUCACAACCGAGGCAACAGGAAAGACCUCACCUUUUUGUUCGAGUUUGACCACGGUGUUACUAUGAAGACCAGUGUCCAAAUCAAGCUUUACAAAACUGGAGAAACAGAACAUUCCUCGUGGGGUCAGGCUCUCACCGUUAUAGAUUACGACUGUAAACUGCUAGACGGACAUACAUAUGUUGAUAUCGUCAGUGAGAAAUACCUUUAACCCUUUUUUUCGCUGACGAAUACAAUCCAAACCACUCCCUGAUAUGGUUUUAAGGCGUAGAAUGCUAACAGUAGGUCACCCUAUCAUCAUAGAGAGUAUUGGUAAGUACUAAGGUUAUCUUGGCUGACUGAUAUGGGGUUUUUUUUCUGGUAAAGCCCACUUUUCCCGGAAACGUGACUGGCAUCGGCUAUUCACUUAACAUACGGGUUCAUUGUUGGAUAUUUCUUUCGACCAAUCAGUGAACGCCGGUAUUAUUCUGCUAUUUUCAGUUUCAUGAAAAGAUAACUUUUACAUCACGGAUGUCCAAUUAUCAAAUCUAUGAAUUAGGAUUGCAUCAGAAAGAUGCUUUCGUCAGUAAAGGUAUUGUGAAGAGAUAACAAGGUCCAAUAAAGGUCGAGGUUGUGCUGGGAAUUUUUCAGAUAACUAGAAGGCAGCAUCAUACUACCGUAUCAACCCAUAAGUACUGUACGAGUGGAACGUCAUACGGUGCAACGUUUUGUAUGAACCGUGUUCAGACCACUUGAUCAUUGAAACCAUAACAAUUAUUCAGUCAAACUGAUGUGCACAACAUUUGAUAUUUCGAUCACCCUUCUCGAGUACUAGAGUAUCUCGAUGUUCACUUAAAGUUAGAACCGCAUCAAUGUUGAACGCUUCCGAAAAUGUGACGUUGAACAUUAGCUCUAACGGUAUUAUUAUACUGUUGUUUGUAUGCACAUCAUUAUUCUUUGUGCACUACAUAUACCGACCUAUAGGUUUGUGCAAACCCGUUCCCGCCAUUUAAACAUGUGCAAUAAACAAUGGCGAAAGCAUUGUAAAAAUGCAGCUGUACUAAAAUAUUCUAACAAGAUUGUGUGCUAUUUUUCUUAUUCAUAAACAUGGGUUUGUUCUGGUACCAGCUUUAGUGUCUUUUAUUAUUGAAUCGAAAAAACAUUUAUUAAAAACAUAUGUUUGUUGCCGCCAUUUUAUUUGAUCGUUUGAUAAUAUAUUGCAUAUCUGAUUUAAAAAUUAUUCAUUUGUUGACUUUCGAAGAAAUGUAUCUUACCACCUGUAGCAUUAAUUUUACAUUUUAUGUAAAGCUGUAGCGCUAUAGAUGUGAUGUGUACUAUGUUUAUGUGUUAAAACAUGUUUUAAUGAUGUAUAUUAAGUGUUUGACUCAUGAUUUUAAAUAUAUGUUAUAAACAGAGUUGUUGACCCUUACGUUGCGAUCGUGAUGACAUCGCACAUUGUGCUAUCUAGUAAGUUAUGUAUGAGCUACUGUAGUAUUGUAAAAAUUGUUUUACACUGGACUUCAGUGAAACCAAAAUCUUCUGGAAACCCCCCCUGAAGAAAUGGGGUUUUGUUCCGGGAGAUACUUUAUUUUAUAAACAAAAACAUUUCUGAGUGUUAAUUUUGAAUGGAAUUAACAGCCAUUCACUUUAUACAGUCUUAUGCUAAAGCCAACGUCAAGUAUGUUUUAUCGAAAGAUUAAAGCUAGUUGUACUAUAUUUAUAUUGAUGUGAUUGUGUCUAUGUAGAGAUGCAUUGUGUAAAUGUUUUGGGUCAUAUUCUGAAUAGACGAAGAUAUUGCUGUUAAAUGUCGAGCUGGCGGGCUUUGGUAUACUGCUAAUCAUUUACAUAUUGCGAUGUUCGAGGAGAGUUAGAUAGAAAAAUGAGCAAUACUGCAAAAACUUAAAAAUGAAAAACAAUAAGGCCUUGAAUUAAAUUCAAAUUUAUUUUUGUCUGUUAUAAUUAUGAAACAGGUUCCAUCAACAUAUAAUACUCACUUUUAUUAAUGAAGUGGAAAGCAAAGAGCCCGAGGAAAAAGCCACGUGAUCGGGCAGGUGACCUAAUACCUUUUCAGAUUCGAUGAAUAAAUCGAUUCGGACCUGUCUUUAUGGAAGGCGAGUUUGGUAUCCACUGUGCUACUCUACCACCCAUAACAAUUGUCUAAGGUGUUUUCCAAUAUCAUAACUAGAUACUUUCUAUUCGAGUCGAUAACGCAACACAACCAAGGUAAUCAUCACCAUUGUCACAUUUAUUACAGAUGUAUGCCUAAUAAAACACAUCCUGCAACGCAUUUUAAUUAUGACAAUUGUUCAAAGUUCAAUUAUAUGGGGAAAAAAACAUUUGCAGGGUCGAACGUGGUAGCUGUCCAGAAAUCUGAUAUUUAAAGUUGUUAUUCAAGAACUGUUAUUGCACGGUAGCAACAUAAAGGAUGAUUAUGUCUUGCCAAAGAAAUUAACCAAAAACACAUCUUAAAUUCAUGUUGUUCUUUAUCUUGUAUUUAUAAGGAAGAAUAAACCAAGACGAAAUGUACAAACUUUAAAACGGAACUUUUCUUUUUGAAUUAUCUUUUGUAGUUAUAUAAUUUACCUUUAAAACGCGGAACUUGAAAAAUAAGGUACACCUGUGUAAGCGUGUGCUACUACUCUAUUGUAUUGUGUGGAGCAUGUUAGUCGCUAAUGUAUGUUAAUGUGAGGUGCUUUAAUGUUACAUACUUUCAUUCAGAGAGGUGUUGGUGAUAAUUAUCAUUGAUUUAUAUUAAAUCUUGUCUAUAUUCUGUUGCAUUUUAUCGAUAUUAAACAGCUGUGUAUAAUUAUUUAUCAAAAGACCUGCUGAGUGUAUAAACCCACUGUAUAUGUUAUUAAUUAUGAAUCCCAUUUGCUAUGGGGAUUAAUUAAUGUUAUAGAUGUAGAAGAACAUACUGAUUCAAUUAUUACAAACCAAACAAACAGAAUAUAUAUUUAUUUUUAUUUUUUCCAUUUGUUGCUGUAUUUUAGUAAAAUGGACUUGAAAUAGUAAAACAUAUGAGUAUAUCGGAUGAUGAGAAAUGAUUGAAGUUAAUAUGAAUCAUUAUAUCAAAUUUAGGAUGCUUGAUAUAACUGGCUCUAAGAUCGAUAUGGAGAUAAAAAAAACUCUAUGUUAUUGCGAGAGUGUACUUAAUGUGAUAUAUGGGCUUAGAUAAGGUAUGUGAGAUGCUAUUUUAAAAUGGCGACAGUUUGUUGUGUUUUAUUUGCUAUUCACUAUUUACCAAAUACGACAAUUAAAUGUGCAAUACAAA